AUGGCGCCAGGGGUGCUGCUGCGACGAAAUGAAGUGGGCGAGGAGGAAAGCGAAAGCGAGACAGCAUGUCCGACAUCGAAGGGAGGCGUGGGAGGCGUUAUGGACGAACAGGACAAAGAAGAGCGUUCAGGUCAAAGUGGAAGGAGCGGUCGGGAGGUGAACGCUGGACGGUGUCUCGUAUAUCUUGCGGUCGCACGGAGGGGCAAAAACGGCAGGAGGACGAAAAACAGAAGUAGAAGAAGGUGGUUGCAGCCAGUCGGGACAGAAAAGAAGAAUACGAAAGAAGGAAAGAACGACCCGGGGAAGAGACAGUGGCUCCUUCCGUGGCGCGAGCGACGCAAGGAAACCAAGGUCAAGAGCAGCAACGAACCAAGGCCGCGGAUGGAAGCAGGAGCGUCCCGGCGUAAGGAGUGCCUCGGUGGAGAGCGUGUGGGAUGGAUGGGAAUAUCCAAAACACGGAAAGAAGGCAAGGGAGGGGACGAGCUGGCGAGACACGAGAUGAAAAUGCCAGACGGUGUGAACAAGAACUCAUGUGCUCCAGGCCAUUCUGUCCAUCUUUAUUCUCUCCUUUUGUCCCGUCCUCAAUUCAACAGGAUCGGCUUCCUUUUCGCCUCACCCUUUGGUCUCCAAAAAUCGGGCAGGGCGGGGUCGUUCUUCUGCAUUCGCGACAAGCCAAAACGCACUGUGAUGGCCAGGCCCCAGAGACGAGACGGAGGCGGCCAGGCCAGACCAGGACGAGCUAGGCCCGGUGUCUUAGCGAUUUAUUAA